AUGACUGACAUGUCGACAGCUCCUCAGUAUCAUCUCCUUGUCCGCCUCAGUGCCAUGCAGCUAGGAUCAGUUAUUCUCCGAGAGAUCUUCUAUGUUUUCUCCGAGCGCGCCUAUACGCUCAAGACCAGCAGCAUUGCCAAGGGUAGCGAUAUCGUGAUGGUCUCCGAGGUUCGAACAACGUUCGAGUCUCACGUCAGGCAUUGUUCCAUCGCGCACUACGAUAGUAGCUACACUUCCAGCCUUUCCGUUCCGACCUUGAGCAACACCCAAGAGGAAGAUGAAGAGGUAGUCUCACCUCGCCAGGAGUCCAAGUCUCCCGAAGACCCCGACAAUUCCCCUCACCGCAAGAUUGAGAUAUAUUUUUAUUUCUUUGAGCGCGCCUAUACGCUCAAGAUCAGCAGCAUUGCCAAGGGCAGUGAUAUCGUGAUGGUCUCCGAAGGUUCAAACAACCUACGGGUCUCAGGCUAG